CUUGUUGUUACUGUUAUGAUUACAUGUUUUCUAAGUGGUCUUGCUCCCCUCUCUCCGUCCUCCAGUCAGUUGAUGCCAGACGGGUUGGGCAUGGGGGGCAUGGGCAACCUGCCGGGCGCCAACCCUCUCUCUGCCUCGGGGGUGAGGAAGACGUGGCACGAGCACGUCACUCAGGACCUACGCACCCACCUGGUGCACAAACUAGUACAAGCCAUAUUCCCCACCCCAGACCCCGCAGCACUGAAGGAUCGGCGGAUGGAGAACCUGGUGGCGUACGCUAGGAAGGUGGAAGGGGACAUGUACCAGUCUGCCAACAGCAGGGACGAGUAUUACCACUUCCUGGCGGAGAAGAUCUAUAAGAUCCAGAAGGAGUUGGAGGAGAAGAGGCGCUCGCGGCUCCAGAAGCAGCCUGGCCCCAUGGCAGUGGGGGGCCCAGGGGCCCAGCAGCAGCCUGGCAUGCCCCCUCAGCCGAACUCCAUGGGUCCUGGCCAGUCCCCACGGCCAGCCAAUGGAUCUAUGCCCAACGUGCCAAAUCAGAUCAUGCCCCGCAUGCAGGUGCCUCAAGGAAUCAAUCAGUUCAACCCCAUGGCGAUGCAGAACGUGCAGAUGUCCCAGGCGCCCAUGCAGAUGUCCCAGGCGCCCAUGCAGAUGUCCCAGGCGCCCAUGCAGAUGUCCCAGGCGCCCAUGCAGAUGUCCCAGGCGCCCAUGCAGAUGUCCCAGGCGCCCAUGGGGGCCCGCGCCGCGUCGCCCAUGAACCACUCGCAGCAGAUGAACAUGAGCUCUAUCCCGGCGAUGGGCAUGUCCCCAUCCAGGAUGCCCCAGGUGCAAGGCAUGAUGGGACAGCACGCCAACAGCAUGGUGGGACAGACAGCCAAUCAGAGCCAGUUCAUGCCCCAGAGCCAGUUCUCUCCCAACACCGCCCCUGGCGGGGGAAUGAUUAUGAACAACCUGGGCUCCCUCGGCCAGCCGCAAGCACAGGCAGCUGUCACUCAGCCCCCCCUGCCCCGCGCCACCCCUCCACCCAACGCCUCGGCUAACCUGCAGCAGCUCCAGCACCCCCACUCCCACCCACCCCCCCAGGCUCAGCCAUCACCGUCCUCCACCCCCACUCACAUCCCCAGCGGCGGCCUCCCUGCCCGGCCCCCCUCGACCCUGGGCAUGCAGUCCCCUGCUGCCCCCUCCCAGCCGCUCACGCCCCUGCAGCAUCAGCAGCCGGGGACCCCCAGCCAGACGCAGCCCAGCUCAGUGCAGCCCCCCAGCACGCCGCUGUCCCAGGCGCCAGCCAGUAUAGAUAACCGCAUGCCCACCCCAGGCUCGGUGGCAGAGGUCCACUCCCAACAGGCCCCACCAGACAUGGCCCAAACGGAGCACAAAGCCGAGCACAAAGACGAGGAUGACGAGGAGGAGGAGGAGGACGACGAGGAGGACGACUGUGGCUCGGGGAAAAAGCAGCCCAGCGACUUCAAAAUGGAGCAGGACGAAGACACAAAAGACACCAAACCCCUCAUGGUCAAGGAGGAGGAGCCAGACGGGGCGGAGCCUAAGCAGGAGCCAAUGGAGACAAAGGAGGAGAAGAAGCCGGAGAUUAAGAAGGAACCCAAAGAGGAGGAGGAGGGCGGGGUCAACGGCACGGCAGCGUCCUCCUCCCCCACUCAGAACCGCAAAAAAAUCUUUAAGCCAGAGGAGCUGCGCCAGGCCCUGAUGCCCACACUAGAGGCCCUCUACAGACAGGACCCAGAGUCUCUGCCCUUCAGACAGCCUGUCGACCCCAUGCUGCUGGGCAUCCCCGACUACUUUGACAUAGUGAAGAAACCUAUGGACCUGUCCACUAUAAAGCGUAAGUUGGACACAGGUCAGUACCAGGAACCCUGGCAGUACGUGGAAGACAUCUGGGUCAUGUUCAACAACGCCUGGAUCUACAACCGCAAGACGUCCCGCGUCUACAAGUACUGCUCCAAGCUGGCCGAGGUGUUUGAGCUGGAGAUAGACCCCGUCAUGGUCAGCCUGGGCUACUGCUGCGGCAGGAAGUUUGAGUUCUCACCCCAGACCCUCUGCUGCUAUGGCAAACAGCUGUGCACCAUCUCCAGAGACGGAACCUACUUCAGCUACCAGAACAGCUCACCCAAAUAUGGCCUUAUUGCCGACAGGUAUCACUUCUGUGAGAAGUGCUUCAACGAGAUCCAGGGCAAUAACGUCACCCUGGGAGACGACCCGGCACAGCCACAGACUAUGAUAUCUAAAGACCAGUUUGAAAAGAAGAAAAACGACAUGUUGGAUCCAGAACCGUUUGUUGAAUGUAAAGACUGUGGACGGAAGAUGCACCAGAUCUGUGUGCUGCAUUAUGAUGUCAUCUGGCCAUCGGGCUUCAUUUGCGACAUCUGUCUGAAGAAGUCCGGCAAGACGAGGAAAGAGAACAAGUUCGCGGCCAAAAGGCUACAGACGACGAGGUUGGGCAUGUACAUCGAGGACCGGGUGAAUAAGUACUUGAAGAGGCAGAACCACCCUGAGGCCGGGGAGGUGUUUGUACGGGUGGUGGCUAGCUCCGACAAAAAUGUUGAGAUCAAACCUGGCAUGAAAUCUAGGUUUGUGGACUCGGGUGAAAUGCAGGAGACCUUCCCUUACAGAACCAAAGCACUUUUUGCGUUUGAGGAGAUUGACGGUGUGGACGUGUGUUUCUUCGGUAUGCACGUCCAGGAGUACGGUUCCGAGUGUGCCUUCCCCAACACCAGCCACAACAACAACAACCGCCCCCGCUGGCCGCUCUGAAGAUGGCCCGGCACAUAGAGAUGGUGGCCAAGGCCAAGCAGCAGCAGCAGCAGCAGCAGCAGCAACAACAACAACAGAACUACAACAUGAACAUGCCCAACGGUGUGCCCAUGAACCACCCCCGCAUGGUGGGGCCUAUGCAAGGUCAGAUGGGGCCAGGGCAGAUGCAGCAGAUGAUGGGGCCCCGGGGCCCCCAAGUGAUGCAGCAGGGCCAGUGGGGCCCCCAGGGGGGGAUGCAGCAGAACCCCCUCCAGAACCCCCAAGCGGUCCAACAACAGCAGCAAGGCCUACCCCAGCAAGGUGGCCCCAUGGCCCCCCAACAGGCUCAGGGAAACUCCACUCAGUUGAUGCAGCAGCGGCCCAUGAUGCAGCAGCAGCCCGGUCUUCAGAUGCCUGGUGGGGUCCACAUGCCCCCCCAGGGUCCCCCUCAGCAGCAGGGCAUGACGCCCCAGCAACAAGGGGGCAUGCCCCGGGGCAUCCCGGGAAACAUCGCCCCCAAUGCCCUGCAGGACCUCCUGAGGACCCUCAAGUCGCCCAGCUCUCCCCAGCAGCAGCAGCAGGUGCUCAACAUCCUCAAGUCCAACCCCCACCUCAUGGCCGCCUUCAUCAAGCAGCGCACUGCCAAGUACCAGGCAAGCCAACUUCCGGGCCAGCAGCAGCAGCAGAACCCCCAACAACAACAACAGCAGCAGAACCCCCAGGCGAUCCUGGGAGGCCAGGCUGGGAUGCAGGCCAUGGCUGCUGCCAUGCAGGCUGGGGCGGUGCAGCAGAGGCCGGGGGUGGGCAUGCCCCCCCAGCAGCAGCAGCAGCCUGGCCCUCAGCAGGUUGGUGGCCCCCAGGGUAUGGGCCCACAGGGACAACAGCUGAUGAACAUACACAACGGCAACCCCCAGCUCUACCGCAGGCAGCUGCUCCGGAUGCAGCAGCAGCAGCAACAACAACAACAGCAACAAGGAGCCAUGCCCCAGGGCCUUCCAGGCCAGUUCCCCCAGCAGCAGGGAGGAGCAGCCAGCUACUCCCAGCUCCGCAUGCAGCAGCAGAGGGUCAUGCAUCUCCCCCCCAUGGCCCAGAUGGGGCAGCCCGGCAUGGGCAUGGACGGGCCCCAGGCCCAAAACCUCCUCCAGCAGAGGAUGCUCCAGCAGCAACAGCAGAUGCUGAAACAGCAGAUGGGCUCUCCAGCCCAGGCCAACUCCAUGAGCCCCCAGCCCCACAUGCUCCAAGGACAGCCCCAGGGAGGAGCUCACCUGCCUGGCCAGGCAAUGGGCAACGCCCUGGGCAACCAGGUUAGGUCUCCAGCCCCGGUGCAGUCGCCCCACCCUCCCUCACAGCAGCCCCCACAUUCCAGCCCCUCCCCCCGGAUACAGCCCCAUCCCUCACCCCAGCACGCCAACCUCCACUCCGGCUCACCCCACCCCAGUCUGGGGGGCCUCAUGCCAGGCUCCAUGGACCAGGGACACAUGGGCACGCCCGAGCAGAGCGCCAUGCUCCCGCAGCUUAACACGCCCAGCCGUGGCAGGCUUAGCAAUGACUUGAAUAUGGUGGGCGACACCACAGGAGACACACUCGAGAAGUUUGUUGAAGGAUUGUAGCAUUUUGUGACGAGACUUGUUUGGUUUUCUCGGUUUUCCACAAAUAACUUUUUGUACUGACUGCUAUGUAAAGAGAUGAGGCCUAAGGACUGUGAACCUUUACUUAAACCAAGGGACUGCUAUUUCUUCCAACAAAACGGAGGGAUUUGAAUAAUUAUUGCUGUUAAAGAGGAGAAUGGGUGGGGGGGAAACACAUAUUUUGGGGUUCAGACCAGCCAUGAAAAUAAUUUUGUUUUAAUUUGUUUAUUUUAUUUUAUGUCUCUGGUAUGGAGUUUUUUUUUAUGACACCUCUUCAAAACAAGUCUUUCAUUUAAUUUUUCAAUGUUUUUAUUUUGUACCUUUGCAAAAAAAAUCAUAGCGUUUUUGUGUUGAAGAUUGUAAAAUAAUUUUGUCUGAACUUUUUGUGCCAGGUUUUGCAUCUUUGCUCCCUCUUCAUUCCUGGCUAAUUUAUUAUUCUAAUGUAACAUUUUUUCAAAAACGGCACAUGCCUUUAGGUGAGACUUAUUUUCUUUCCAUACUGCAGAAGAGUCCUUGUGGGAUAUUAACGUAUUUGUAUAGAGCUAGGAACUAUCGCACACCCAAACACCAUGUUGAGGUGAACUGACUCUCACAAAUGCUCCUUCAUCCACAGCUGCCAGAAUGUUUGUUUUCUACUGGCUUGGAACCAGUAUUUCUGUCCUCCAGAUGUUGGACGUCUUUGUUGCUUUGUUUAUCCUUCAAUCUGAAGUCUUGAUCCCCCCCCCCCCGAGCUUAACUGUGGCGAGGGUAUACCUUUUGGCCUGCUUGCUGAUUUGUGAUUGGAGAGCAUUCUGUGCAUCUUUUUUCCUCUUGCAUUAAACUUGAAUUGAGGUGAAACUGUUCACUGUUGUAAAUCAUGCAGGUUGACAAUGUAAAUAUGCAGAAAAAGAAGAAUGAAUCACUGUACAAACUGGUUAAAAAUGACUCAUUUCGUACUUAUAUACCAUAUUGUUAAAUAAACUGUGUGCAAACAGA